AUGGAGAAGAAAUUGAUGAACUGUACUCGAUGCGAGAUCUGCGGCACCGCAUCGAUGAUCUACACCAAUCCGUUCGUUGAGUAUUCAAUUCUCUAUCGUCUUCUCGCCGCGCCGUUGGCUUCAAUGGGUGUGUCGCUGCUGUGUGCCGCUGUGCUCAAAUCGCCGGGAAUUCACACCAAUUCGAAAAUACUACUCGUCGCAAUGUCGAUAGCAGCGAUUGUUUGUAAUAUCGGCAUUCUUGGAGACGCUUUAUACAAGUUCUUGAUUUCCAAUGUUUUGCCCGACAUAAUGCAAUGCGAUUAUCAAGUCUUCUACCCUCAAUAUUUCAUUGCGAUUCGGAAUGUUCAAGAAGUUGGCUGCUCGGGUUUCGCGGUUUCCGGUAUCAUUCUAGCCAUCGAGCGAACAAUCGCUACCGUAUUCUACCGCAAUUAUGGCAAAACAUCGGAGCUUCCCAUUCUUGGAUUGGUUCUUGUUAUCAUACAGCUAUUGUGUUGCAUCAUUCCUGUGAUCCACAUCAAGGUGCCGAAACAAAUGUACCCAUACUCACCGCCAGAGAUCCAGAAUUACAGCGUUUCGCACUACUUCUCAAUGUUCCUCACUCUCACCACUCUAUUGGCAGUAUUGAUGUUCGCGAUCCUUUGGAUUGUUAAUCGCUAUCGUGCGAAGCUCAUCGGCACCAGUCAUCUGCAAAUCGUCCUAGCUCGCUAUGAACUAGCCGACAACAUAUCAACAACCCGUUUAAUGGCACCCGUAAUUGUCAUCAUUUCACUGAUGGUCUUCUCAUCGGAAUUUAUAUACGCGCUUUUCAUGCCUCAAUAUGAUUCGAGUACUGUGGUUAAUCACGACGUUCUCAAUGAGUUGGUGGAUUAUGCGCCUAUCGCCGAAUAUCAGCUCUCUUUGAUUUCAACACUUUCGAUAAUAUUGGUUAUCAUGAUGCCCGCUUGUUGCGAGAAGCUCAAGGAAUCAUUCCUCUGCGUCUCCCAUCUCUCCAUUUGUUUCCGUAAACCUCCAACCGAUUCGCGUUCGAGCAGCGAGUCCUCCGAUGUCUACUUCGCAAAAUAUUGGAACAAAAAACGAUCAGAAGACUCGCAAACCCCAGAUAUCAAUUAUUAUUAA